AUGCAAGUUGCCGAGAUCCUAUCCGAUCUGACGUCCCUACGAGUUUGUGACCACCAUGACGCUCUCGCCCUAGUCACCGUCAACGACCGACUCUCUGCCUCGAGAAUACCCUCCGAGCAUCCUUCUUCCGGGAUUUCGAAGGAUGAAAACCUCGGCGAUUCGGCCGACGAGGACCUUCGACGCGCCAAAGAGCUGGUAGAAUUACAUUAUGAGAUCAAAGCGCGACAUGCCGAUGGACGGGUGGAUGGAGAGUUGGCGCAGGCGAGGGAGGGGGUAGACCGGGUAUUGAGAGACCUGGGGAGGUAG